GCGGGGCCUCGUCUCUGGCUGGGCUCUAGUUUCCGUGGAAACCCACAGGCUUCCCACCCCAGCGCUGCCUGGGCCGGCUCCCAGCUGGGGCCUCAUCCGCAGCCAGCCUCUCCUCCCGAGUCCAGUCCGCUCUACCUUGGCGUCUCUUGGUCCCCUCCCUGAGUCCCCAUCCCCAAGCCAAGCCUCUGGCCUCCUCCACUGGCCUCUGAUGCCUUCAGGAACCUGGGCCUCCUGCCUCAUUCCUAAACUUUAGCUUCUCAGCAAACAGGCUUCCCAAGCUCUUGCCCCUCCCUCUCGGGCCUUUCUAGCUCCUCACCAGCUUUAGGGCUCAACCAGGCCUCCUGCUCCUUCCACCUACCGCCUCCCACAGACCAGCAGACAACAGGCCUCCUAGACUGUUCCUCCUGCUCACUCCCCUGCCCUACCCCACCCAUGGAGACCCCAGGACUGGUUGUGCACGGGGAGGCUGCGCCCUUUUCCACAGCACUCCGAAGGCUCGUCAACAACCCCUUAUACAGUGAUGUUCGCUUUGUGGUCGGUCAAGAACGGCAGGAGGUGUUUGCCCACCGGUGCUUGUUGGCAUGUAGAUGCAACUUCUUCCAGCGACUUCUGGGCUCAGAGCCGGGCCCCGGGGUGCCUAGCCCUGUGGUGCUGAGCACCGUGCCAGCUGAGGCCUUCCUGGCAGUGCUGGAGUUUCUGUACACCAACAGUGCCAAGCUGCACCGCCACUCUGUGCUGGAGGUGCUGACGGCGGCUGUGGAGUAUGGGCUGGAGGAACUGCGAGAGCUGUGCCUGCAGUUUGUGAUGAAGGUGCUGGAUGUGGAGCUGGUUUGCGAGGCCCUGCAGAUUGCCGUAUCCUUUGGCCUGGGACCGCUGCAGGAGCGCUGUGUAGCUUUCAUAGAGGCCCACAGCCAGGAGACCCUCCGGACCCGUGGUUUCCUGGAGCUGUCGGCACCCGCGUUGCUGCUCCUGCUGCGCAGCGACAAGCUCUGCGUGGACGAGGCCGAGCUGGUCCUGGCAGCCCGGAGCUGGGCGCGCGUGGGCGCGGCGGUGCUGGAGCGGCCUGUGGCCGAGGUGGCGGCCCCGGUGGUGCGGGAGCUAAGACUGGCCUUGCUGGCUCCGGCAGAGCUGAGCGCCCUGGAAGAGCAGAACCGGCGGGAGCCGCUCAUCCCGGUGGAACAGAUCGUGGAGGCGUGGAAAUGCCAUGCUCUGCGGAGAGGGGAUGCGGCCCGGGGCGCCCCGUGCCGCCGCCGGAGGGGUACCCUGCCCCGGGAGCAUCAUCGCUUUCUGGACCUGCCCUUUAAGUGACCAAAUGCCGCGACUUGCGAGGAAUUCUGGGCCUCUCCUAAACUACAGCUCCCAACAUGCUCCGAGCUCGGAACGGGUUUCCGCUCCCAGAAUGCCCGGCUAGCGGGGCGCAGGAGGGGCGGCAGUCUGACACGCGCAGGCGCUGUGGGUGAGGUUCCGGGGGAGGGCGGGCCUGAGAGGCGCGUUAGUGGGCUGAGCCUUGGCUUCAAGGCCCUCGCAAAGCCGGCAAGUGGGUUCCUUCGCGCUGUGCUCUGGCGUUACAGCCGGCCCUUGGGCACUCUCGCCCGCCCUGUUUACUCUUUUAAUUCCCACAUAUCUUUUCAGCUCAGCCCCUUCUUUAACUCCAGACCUGCCUCCUGACGAUCUCUCUCUAAAUUUCCCACAGACACCUCAGACUCAAUCCAACAUUGAGCUCACCCCUCAUCUUUCUCCAGUUUUGCCCCCAUCGUGUUUCUCAUCUCCGUGGGUGCCCAAGCCAGAAGUCUACCGCUCAUCCUUGCUUUAUUCCUCUUCCUCACAUCUGCCUCCCGUGGCUUCUACCUUUUAGGAGGCUGAAAGUUAGCAGAAUAUGCCACCCCAAAAUAUGCCUUUUUGGCAUAAGGUUAUUUUAAGCUGAUUAUUUUGAGAAAAGGGAGAAGUUUUGAAAACAGAGAAGUUACCCUUUUGUAAGGGAAAUUUUUAGAAUGGAAAUCUCCAUUUGUAAGGGUGUCUCCCUCUCUGUACCAGGAUGACUAACUCACAGGAGAAUCUUCCAGUGAAGUCAGUGAAAUCUGCUGAAUAAACCUUAUCCUUGCUUUUGGUGCUUUUUGCUGAUGGCCUUCCUAUAACUGGCCUCCCCACAGUUUUCUUUCUAUUGUUGUUAGCUGAAGGAGGUAUUUAAGCAGGUAUUUUAGGCCACCUCAGGGAGUUACUCAUUUUCCCCUGGGUAUCUCCCAUGUAUACAUGAGAUAUACAUGCUAAUAAACUUCUGGGUUUUUUUG